AGUUGUUUUUUAUUCGUCGUUUGCUGCAAUCUUUCCACUGCGGCAACGUUCGUGCACAGCGAUCGCUGGUGGUGGUCAACUGUCCAAAUAAGGCGAAGCACAAUACAGCGAACCACAAAAGGAUAAAGUCAUCUUGCUGGGUUUGUCGGACGCGCCUUCAAGCUUUCCCUUCGUCCGCGAUACAUCGUAACGCACGCAACCAUUCAUACGUCGCUUUAUUUGUGGAAUCUGAAGCCGUUCCUGAGCCGCAUUAACAGCCACGUUAUAUUAAGCACCGGGACGAGUGGAAGGCGCAACGGAAGGAUACACUACUGAUUGUCCAUCCUAUACGAAGAUAAAAUUAAACUGCGGAAAUCCAAUUGCACGAAUUUAAAUCGGAAAUUCCCGCCAGCGCCCGGUGCGAUCGUGUCUGUUGUUGUUGUGUGAUGGGUGAAACGGAGCAGCACAUCCUCUAACGCGAACCGGACCCGCCAAACCGCAACAGAACUGACUCCAAAUUCCGAUGACGACAGCGAGAGUGUGACCCCCUGCGAGUUGCGAACUUCUAUUCCCCCAAAUAAAACCAAAUUCCCCCGAUAAUGACGACAGGGCUGCUGCGGAUGAUGAUGAUGAUGAUGGAGCGUUACGAUGAUGGUAAUGAAGCUGCAGAUCACGCUGACCAUAAUGAUGCUGCCCGGCAUGAAUAGGAAGAUCGUGUAGCGCAUAAUUUCCUGGGAUCGUGCUGUGUUUCUGCAACGAACAAACAAAAAACCCGAACCCGCCAAGUGUGUUUCAACACGAUCGUACGUGUGUGCGCGCGUGGUUUUAUUUAAGUUAUAUUCACGUUUUUAAUCACCAUUUACUGGAUGAUUCUGUUGUUUGCCGGUGGUGAUGCAAAGUGAAGAAAAAAGAAGAGAAGAUUUAAUUCACAAAGCGAAACGACCACCGAAAGCUCCACAGAAACAAUCGAACAACGGAAAAAAAGCUCAUCAAGCCCAGAGAAAACCCCGCAGAAGUGAGUGAGUGGCAUUAGAAACAAAAAAUAGUGACCUAAACGGUGUUUGGUGCGUAUUAUUGGGUCAAAUUGGAGCGAGGUCCGUCGUCCAGUGUGACAGUGCUCUUACUGACGCUCACGUGUAUUGCAACAUCCUGAAGUGCCUGAAGAUCCCCAACGUUGGCGUGUAAAUUAAGCAGUGGUUUUUUAGUUUAAGGCUCUUCAGUCUAUCUAGCUUACCAAACAUCGGUCCCAUUCUCCCCACGGCGUACAUCUUGCGAGCCUUGGUCAACAUGUUGAAGAACAUUCACGAACGUACCGUGAAGAAGGUUAAGGGUAACCACUAUGUGGCAACGCAUGGCCGUGAUACGGUGGAUCUUCCGUACGCCCAGGCAAACCGAGGAUACUCCACCGACGGUGAGGACAGCCAACGGGCCCCAUCGGAACGGACCCUGUCCGAGUACACAGUUGCGAACGAGCGGGCAACACCUCCGACGGCACCGGCUCGGAAGUCCCGCUCGGAACACAAGUACCAGAACAACAGCAAUGGAGGACCCCGACCCCUUUCUAGUCCACCGACGCGAGCUCCACCAAGGGCGCCGUCGGCGCUCAGUUACGAUCAUGGCGGUGAAACUGGCAGCGACAUCUACGUCACAUCCGCGGCCUAUAAGGCACCGUCGGAAAUAAGUCGUUACAGUGCCCACCGUACGCAUCAAUCCCGCGGACCACGAAGCGUGUACAGUGUUGCCAGCACGGCGAAAACUGGCCGCAGCUCACGACGACACGGUGCCAAGGUGGAGGCUAUGUCCGCACCGAACCCAUUCUGCCCGAACGUGAAGGGUGUCUGCUGUCUGAUGCUACUGCUGAACCUUGGGCUGAUACUCAUCACGCUUGGAUUCAUCAUAGUAAUGCAGUUUAUGGAGCCAUUGUUUGUUUGGAUCUUGGGUGUGGUGUUCCUGAUCUUCGGUUUCGGUACACUGAUCGGCAGCAUGAUCUACUGUGUGAUCGUGUGUCGGGAUGCGAAAACACCGUCCCAGCUGAAGAAUGAGGACCUGUACUGGACGAAGCAUUGGCAGAAGAGCAUCGGCUACACGCCGCAGGAGAUCGACUACAAAACGGAUCGGUUCGAUGAGCGCGACCGAUACUCGGAUAGGUUUUCGGUUAGCAAAAUGAGCGGCAAAUACUCCGAUCGUGACAUUACCCGGUACUAAUGCGCCAAGGGUGCGGGUUUUUAAAACAGUCCAGAGGAUAGAUGAAGCUGAGAGACCGCGAGCGCUUCAGUUUAUAAUCGUGAAAGGAUUUUUUAUGCAAGAAAGUUACAUUAAGCACAAGAACUAACGUUUGAUCGGCUGAUGAUUGUAUUAAAAGAUAUAUUACUUCAGUCAUUUAAAAAAAACAGGCAAUAUGAAAUACGUUAACAUUUGCAACCGUGUAUCCUUUCACUCUCCCGCAUCCGUCCACUUCGUAAACCAAGUUACUAACCAUUUAAAUUAAAUGAUUUCGCUAAAAUGUAGCAAAAAAACGAUGGCGAUCUAUUCAUGUGUGUGCCCACGAACGGAUUGUUUUGUUACAUUUCACUUCCGAAUAGAGUUUAUGAGCGGAAUGAAAAGCAAUCAGCGAGAAACGAAAAGGGACAACAAUAUAACUUUAAAUAGUGAUAGGGAAUUUUUACUUGCAAGCUACAGCAAUAAUCGUAACCUGAUUAGACGCAUAAAUACAGCCGCAGUUAAGUGUCCGAGGUAAUCGAUUAAUUGGCAAUAAUUAAUGGCGAGAAAGCCAACUUUAAGUUCCCAACUCCUUAUUCCUUUCUCUCCACGAACAUGAAUUUCCGCAUCCCGUAACAGUACUCUGUGUAAAUAA